ACGAUGCUACCACCCUGUCUCCGUUUCGUCUCUUUUCCUUUCACAUUUCCUCGUCUUCCUCGUCUCUCUCUCUCUCUCUCUCUCUCUCUAAACCUUCUUCUUCUUCUUGAAUCUCUGACUUAGCUAAUCUAAGCUCGCUCUUAAGUUAUUUUUCGAUGGAUUUUCAGAGAGCUCCUUGUAUAGUGGGAGUUCUGUUACUCCUAAGCAUGUCUCUUGGGUCGGCCGGAGACGUGGUUCACCGCGACAACGUCCCUCCCAAGCGGCCUGGCUGCGACAACGACUUCGUUCUGGUCAAAGUCCCAACAUGGAUUAAUGGUGUAGAAGACGAUCAUUAUGUUGGUGUUGGUGCUCGAUUUGGCCCUACCUUGGAAACAAAGGAAAAGCGUGCCAAUCAUACUAGAGUUGUUCUUGCCGAUCCUCCUGAUUGUUGUAGUACUCCCAAGAAUAAUCUUACGAGGGAGGUCAUUAUGGUGCACCGCGGAGGUUGCAGUUUCACAAUUAAGGCAAAUAUCGCUGAAUCUGCUGGUGCUUCAGCCAUCCUCAUAAUAAACAGCGAUCCUGAACUUUUUAAGAUGGGUUGUGAAGACAAUGAAACCAAUAUACAUGUACAUAUACCUGUGGUUAUGCUUCCACUAGACGCUGGGGAAAACUUGGAAAAAAAUUUACAGAACAACUCCACAGUGCUUGUGCAGCUAUACUCUCCACUGCGUCCAUCGGUUGACAUUGCAGAGGUGUUUUUAUGGCUUAUGGCUGUUGGUACCAUCUUAUGUGCUUCGUAUUGGUCUGCAUGGAGUGCCAGAGAAGCAGCUAUUGAGCAGGACAAGCUCUUAAAGGAUGGUUCAGACGAAAUCCCAAGUUUGGAAGGCAUUGGUUCUAGUGGUUUUGUGGAAAUCAGUACAACAGCAGCAAUUCUAUUCGUUGUGAUUGCUUCAUGCUUCCUAGUUAUGCUUUACAAGCUUAUGUCAAAACAGUUUAUUGAGAUACUGGUGGUUCUGUUUUGCAUUGGUGGGGUAGAGGGCCUGCAAACCUGCUUGGUUACUUUGUUAUCAUGUUUCAGAUGGUUUGAACGUGUGGGACAGUCAUUUGUUAAAGUACCCUUCUUUGGAGCUGUGUCAUAUCUGACAUUGGCCAUUUCUCCCUUCUGCAUAGCAUUUGCUAUUGUUUGGGCUUUCUUUCGCAAAAAAUCAUAUGCUUGGAUUGGUCAAGAUGUCCUUGGUAUCACACUAAUAAUCACCGUCCUUCAAAUUGUCCGUGUCCCGAAUCUCAAGGUUGCAACAGUCCUCCUCAGUUGUGCCUUCUUGUACGACAUCUUUUGGGUAUUUGUUUCUAAACCGUUGUUUCAUGAGAGCGUGAUGAUAGUGGUAGCUCGGGGUGAUAAGAGUGGAGGGGAUGGUAUCCCAAUGCUACUAAAAAUCCCACGGAUGUUUGACCCUUGGGGUGGCUACAGCAUCAUAGGAUUUGGUGACAUUAUCUUACCAGGACUGCUUGUAGCAUUUUCAUUAAGGUAUGAUUGGUUGGCAAAGAAGAGUCUUCGAUCAGGGUACUUCCUUUGGGCAAUGACUGCUUACGGUUUAGGUCUCCUCGUCACAUAUGUUGCUUUGAACAUGAUGGAUGGUCACGGCCAACCAGCUUUGCUUUACAUUGUUCCAUUCACACUAGGAACUUUUUUGACUUUGGGAAAGAAGAGAGGUGAGCUUAAAAUCCUUUGGUCUAGAGGAGAGCCGGAAUGGCCUUGCCCACACAUCCAACUCCAACCUUCCCAAUAAAAUGAAACCAUGAAGCAUACUUGUUGUAAUUAUCUGACAGAGUUUUAGGGUAAACUAGAAUUUGGGAACUCUAACCUGGGUAUACGUAGGACUGUAUCAUUUUUUGUGUUACUAAAUUAUGUCUUUAAAUAUCAACUGAUAAAGGGGGG